AUGAACAUCUAUUCGACUUUUCGCUUUACCCAAUUUUUUCCCCCCCACUGAAGCGAUCCUUCCCAACCAAGACUCACACCGAGACGCACUCGACCUACCUAUAACAUCAGCCCGAACUACAUAAUAAUUCGACAUAGCGCCGACCAUAAAACGAGGUUGGAAACCGAUCGAUCGCGGAUCCGAGAGAGAAAAGGAAAGAAAGCCACAGUCUAUGGAAGCAAUCAAACAGAAAUCGAAGCGCCUGCCAAAAGAAGAGAAUAAUGCCCCUCGACGACGACGACAAUCCCACCGCGGCGCCAGCCGCGGCGCAGCUCAACAAUGACUCGGGCGCAGGCGACGAAGCCGAGGAUGAAGGUCUCUUCGACAUGCGACUCUUUGCAUCCAUGUUCAACAAGAAGGGUGUCGCCUCGCAAGCCGUCCGCAAAGGUCAAAAGGACUUUGAGUCGCACGGCACAAAAGCCCAGGAAAAUGCGCUGGAGACGAGCAGGCAGGUCAUUGAGGAGGUGCUGGGAUAUACGAGGGUGCACAGGGAUACAUGGAGCAAGGGCUGGUAUUUCCAGGACUACUGGCCCGAGAUCAUGGAGGCCAUCGAGGAUGGGGACACAUCCGGGUUGGCGAAGCCUGAGUAUCUGCAAGAAUUUAUGACCGAGACGAGGCCGAUCUACGCCAAGGAGAGGGUUGUUGUCGUGGAGGAGCUGAAAGGUCCGCAGGCGAGGUCUAUGGGCAGAGUGAUUCGAGGACUCAAGACGCCAAGACCGGCGUUGGGAAAGCUGUGGUUAUUACCCGAGGAGGCGCUGUUCCUCGUUGAGAGGGGUAGCUUGGAGCUUUGGUGGCCAUAUCGCGAGCUCGAGGAGAUUCUGCCGCCGACGGAGACGAAGCCCGCUGAAGAGCAGACCGAUCCCGAAGACGCAGAACCAGACGACGAGUUCGACGUUGGCGUACCCUUGAGCUUACAAGCCGCCUACUCAUUCUUCAUCGGACUGGACGGCGAAAGGGGCAAGAUAUCACUUCCGAAAUACCAAGUCUACUCACACCUCAGACGGCUGGGAUACUACGUCCAACGUGUACCGCCAGAAACUGCAGAACCUACGCCUACAUCCGAAGCACCGCAGAAAUCACUGUGGCAGUGGCUUGUCUCGCUCCUUCAGAGACCAGUAGCGGCGCCCGCAACACCACCGCCCUACGGACCCCUCGUCAAGCCGGGCGUCUACCGACGAUACAGCGUCGUCUACAAACAACUCGAGCUUCUGUCCCGUUACCAGCCGUCGCCCGCACCGCAGGAGCGCAAGCAGGCCGAGGACCCGUACAAGAUCCAUUGGCACGUCUGGAAGCCUUCGAAGCAUCCCAACCUCCGCGUGACGGACCUUCCGCCGCCAGACAUCCGCAUCGCUGUCGUUGACGCGCGCGACGACGCGAUCCCGGAUUUUGAAGAGAUUUCAGCGCUACUCGACUCGACACCGUACGACGCGCCCGACCCUGUCUUGAUGGGCGGACCAGGAAGGCUGUACCAGCGCCUGAGGCACGGUUACCGCAACGUUCUCGUCGCCGUCGUGGAUCGCGGCUUGGUCAACUUUAUGAGGUUCGGACAGGCUGCGUUUGGAGAGGAGAGGCUCUACGAGAGAUUUGACAACCGGGGUGGGUUUCGAGGCGGGAAGAGGGGUGGGAGGGGUGGACGUGGAAGGGGAGGAGGCAGGGGACGGGGUCGGGGUCGGUGAAUGAUUGCCGCUCAAUACGGAAAUUUGAUGUUGCGGCACGGGCUAGGGAGAAAGAGAGGCUCUCGAGGCGGGGCGGGCGAACUCUGGGACGGAUACCUCCCAAGACUAUUGAGGCACGUAUAGAAUGGAGUACAAUUAGAGAAGCCUCACGGCUUGCGGCUCGUGAUGAUCGCCG